AACAGCUUCAUAUCUGUUCUGUUCAUAUUAUCGACCCUACCUUCUUCCGCAGCUACUUCGCUGUUGGUGGCUGACAAGGUUCUUCUGUGGUGUUGUUUGUUGUGUGGACUAUCUCCCGUUAAAAAUGGCGUACGCGGUGUUGAAGCGAUCUUCCAUGAUGAAGUCAAUGAUCGGAGAAUCAUGGCGGAGGUUUGCUUCCGUUGCAGUAGGUAGCGAUCUUGUAGCAGCCGCUCCCAAUGUUUCUCUCCAGAAGGCUCGGUCAUGGGAUGAAGGCGUCUCCUCCCAAUUCUCCACCACUCCUCUUUCUGACAUUUUCAAGGGCAAAAAGGUCGUCAUCUUUGGGCUUCCUGGUGCAUUCACAGGAGUUUGUACAGCUCAGCAUGUUCCAAGUUACAAGAAAAACAUUGACAAAUUCAAGGCAAAAGGCAUAGACUCAGUCAUAUGUGUAUCUGUUAAUGAUCCUUAUACCAUGAAUGGCUGGGCUGAAAAGCUUGAAGCCAAAGAAGCCAUUGAAUUUUAUGGAGACUUUGAUGGUAAAUUCCACAAAAGCUUGGAUCUGGAAUUAGAUCUCAGUGCCGCUUUACUUGGACAUCGCUCCACUAGAUGGUCGGCAUUUGUUGAAGAUGGGAAGAUUAAGGCUCUAAAUGUGGAGAAUGUUCCAUCUGAAUUCAAGGUUUCAGGGGGAGAAGUAAUCUUGGACCAAAUAUAGAGAGUUGAUUGUAUUGGAUAAUACACUUCUCUUAACUUUUGAAUAAAGCAAUGUACAAUAUAUACCAUCUUUCUUUUGAGCCAUAGGUGUAAAAUGAAUUGCAAAUUGCGAGAAAAUAGCAACGUAUUGUUUGUGAUAA